AUUGUAUGGUGUCGCUACUCUCUAGGCCGACAUUACGACACACCAGAUCUUUUUAUUUGAUACGAUCGAACGUGCACGCUGAUCGAGUGCAACAACUGGCAAAAUGAAGAUGGCGGACGGACCUACAAUCCUCAGAAGAAAUAGGCCCGGGACUAAAGCAAAGGAUUUCUGUAGAUGGCCAGAUGAACCAUUCGAUGAAAUGGAUAGCACGUUAGCAGUGCAGCAAUAUAUUCAACAAAUGAUCCGGAGAGAACCCUCCAAUGUCGAUUUAAUACUUAAAAUGCCAGAUGCUCAAGAUGAGGCUGUUUGGAAAUAUGAGCAUCUUAGACAAUUUUGUAUGGAGUUGAAUGGUUUAACAGUGAGACUACAGGAGGAUUGUCAUCCAGACAUUUGUACACAAAUGACAGCCACUGAACAAUGGAUAUUUUUGUGUGCUGCACAUAAAACACCUAAGGAAUGUCCAGCUAUUGAUUAUACACGACACACACUUGAUGGUGCUGCUUGUUUACUUAAUAGUAACAAGUAUUUUCCUAGCAGAGUGAGUAUUAAGGAAUCUUCAGUUGCUAAGCUUGGAUCUGUCAGUCGCAGGGUUUACAGAAUUUUCUCUCAUGCAUAUUAUCAUCAUAGAAUAAUAUUUGAUGAGUUUGAGAAUGAGACUUUUCUGUGUCGCAGGUUUACAGCAUUUGUAACAAAAUACAGCUUGAUGUCAAAAGAAUGUUUGAUAGUACCAAUAAUGGAAGAAGACGGAACCACAGAAAGUGAAGCCUAGAAUAUAAACAUUUAUUUAUAUUGCCCAAAGUUAAUUUGUCAGAUUUAGAGAGAUCAUUGAUAAUAUUAAUACACUGCUGAAGUACUUCUUGACGUUGUUCCAAAUGUGACAAGAGUGUCGGAAACGGGUCGGUAAUUAUUCCACCUGAAAUGAAAUGUGAAUUUCUAAAUUUAACACUACAAUUUCUUGUUCUCCAUUUUUUCUAAAAACAAUUCAAUGUAUAAAGCAAUUUUACAUGCUUCAUAAUCACAUUUACAGUAUUCGUUUAUCACUAAAAUAUGUCAGAUUUAUAAUGUAUGAAGACCAUUGAAACCAUAAACAAACUGUUACCAAGUCUUUUCAUAUGGAGAUACACUUCUUAUUCAUUAUAUUUUCUACAAUACAUUGAAUUUAAAGUAAUUAUGUGUCAUUGAAUUUUUGUCUCUAUGUACUAUUACAUGAAUAACUCAUCCAUACAAAUAUUAUAUUAAUAACAAGAAAUUCGAGUUAAAUCUUUCUUUUGCUGGAGGUAGAUUCCGUAGCAUUGUAUAUUUUUGUAAAAAUAUUUGAUUUUAUUUAAAUUAAUACUUAUAGAGGAAUUCAAAAACGUUUUUCGCACAUGAAGUUGUUUCAUUUAUAAAAUUAGGUGUAAGUUAUAACUAAAUUAAUAAGUAAGCUUAAUCGACUGAUUUUUAAUACUGAUUUUCUUUUAAAGUAUUUAUGAUGUGAAAAUAGAUUUAUUCCGUAUAAUAUAAAGCAAUUCAUCAAUUUGGUGUAAUUAUAAUCACAAUAUUAAACGAAUACUUAUUCAACAUCAUUAUUAAAGGCAGUGAUGGUAAUAAAUAUUUAUAUAAUAUUUAUCUCGUAUGGUAAUGAAACUGGAAUACAAAGCUUCUCUCCUGUUGUUAAUAAUAACUUACACUUGAAAGAAGUCAUAUUUAUAUUGUCAGUUGUUAGACAUAAGAAUAAUGUAUGUAGUUCUGACAUAUUGCCAGAGCUCUUGCAUUUAUAAAAAUAAGACUAGGGAAUUCGAGUAAACAUGAAGCUAUAGUUUCAUGAACAAACGUUUAAUGAUUCAUUAAUUCAUUAUCUGAUUGGCUAUAGAAAUAUUUUACAGUUUUAAUGAUACUAAUUUUUAAAUUGCAAUAAUAUUAAUUUUUACUUGAGUUAUACUUCAGUUUUGACAACAUUAACAAAAAAAAAUUAUUUUUUAAUCAUUUGAACGAAGACAGCUGAUUAUACAUUAGGAAGUUGAAAGUAUCGGAAGUGUCAUGAAGUUGAAAGUAUUCUCUAGUUCUUUCACCAGGCAAUAUCAGUGCCAGAUAAUUAUCUACAUCACUGCCGAAUGUAUAAGCUCUACUAGAUAGACUUCACCAGCGGUUAAUAUAAAAUUAAAUGCAUCUGCGGUUUUCUGUUUCAUUGUGGAAGAUUUCCGUAAGCUAAUUCAUAAAUAACCCUUUAUGAAUUUUCCAAUACGAUCUCAUGGAAGAAUUGUAAAACAUUCUGUCUCCGAAUUCUGACCAGUGGUGAGUGCCACAAGAUUUUAAUUAGCAAUAUAUUAUGCCGAUGCGACGUCGCGAUAGCUUAUACUAUUGCGGUACAAUUGCAAUACGACAGAAUGUUCUUGUUUUCCUUUUUAAAAAUUCGCAGAACGAAUUUAUUCGAAGGGCACUGAAUUUUCGUACUAUAUAUAAGUUCGCGAUACUCGUGCAUACCCGUUUUUGAAUGCAACAUUGUACAUACGGAAAACAAACAAUUUGUAAAUAAGGAACUCGGAAAUAUUCAUGAACGGGGCAGACGACAGGAACAUAUUGUUAUGCGAUCAUUUCUGUAACGAAUGUGCAUGU